AUGUCCACUAUGAGGGGUCUCAAGAACUUCAUAGCCGAUGUCAGGGCCACAAUUGCACCAGAGGAUGAGCUUAAAAUCGUGAAUGAGGAAAAGGCGAAGAUUCGCCAGUGCUUCGCUUCUCCCAAGGCAGAUUCCUACGACCGCAGAAAGUACUGUCUCAAGUUGAUGUACAUGCACAUUCUGGGCCACAACAUAGACUUUGGGCUCCUGCAGGCGUCUCAGCUGAUGACGUCGAAGGUCAGGGACGAGAAGAUCGUCGGCUACAUUGUUCUUGGAGAGCUUCUGCACGACAACAAGGACUUCCUGCGCCUUGUCACUCAGACGAUCAUGUAUGAUCUUCAGCAAGUUAAUGAGUUCGCAACCCCUCUUGCCCUGACGUUUGUUGCCAAUGUGGCCAAUGCAGAGAUGGCGGAGGUCGUUGCGCCGGCAUGCAUGCAGCUGGUCGCUGCCCAGAAGACCCAGGUCAACUCAUAUAUCCGCAAGAAGGCUGCACUGGCCCUACUUCAUUGCUACAGAGUCAACCCGGCCUCAGUGGACACUGAAAACAUCAACUCCAUGCUCAUCACCCUUAUGGAGGCAAAGAACGUAGGUUUCCUGAGUUGUCUGACACACCUGCUGUAUGGAAUCUCCGAUGUUAACUCUAAGGUUUUCGAGGUCAUCAAGACCCGCGCAAUCUACCUUCUGAGCAAGAUAAUUCUCAAAAAAGAAGUCUCUGUUGAUCACCAAUACCAUGGGUGUCCGUGCCCCUGGCUGAUAAUCUCUCUGAUGCGCUUCCUGCGGCGCCUGGCCCCCAGGUUGGAGGAGGCUCAAGACAAAGAUCAUGGCCUUAUCAACCAGCGCACCAUGUUGGAAAGUGUCAUCAAUGAGAUUUUCAAAAUGUGCUCUGGAAUCUCCAGUAGUGCACCGAUUGACAAGCAGCAAAUAUUUUGGGCCCUUGCUUAUGAAACGGGCGUCUUGUCGAACUAUUACGCUGAGUACUUUGAGGAAACUAUCAAGGUCGACUUUAUGAUCAAGACGGUCACAGCUAAGGACACAAAGCCGAAUGUCCGCUUUGCGGCGCUCUCUACUCUUGCGGAGAUGUCCCGCAUGGUCAACGUAAACAUCGCGAUCCGCGCCAACAUACGCUCAAUCGUUGAGAUAGUCUCUUAUGAAAUGGACUUUUCGCUCCGCGGUAAAGGACAGGUUCUUCUGUUCAAUAGUGCAGAUGUGGAGACAGCCGAGGGCAUAGUUCUCUGCCUCCUUGGAGGUGCAAAGGCCACUCGCUUCCCCAAGGACUAUCGAGAGGACUCGCUACUGCGUGCCGCUAUCCUUUGUGAGCGUUACGGGCUUUAUAGCACCAUUGAGGUUGAUGGGGUUGACACCGUGAAGGAGUCUCUGUGGACUCUGCGUGCUAUGAUCAACCUUCUCCCCACGGCGUCUGAGUUGCACCUUCGUUUUAUUUGGGCGAAUCUGGCCAACGCAAUUAUGCUGAAGAUAGUUGGCGCAGAUGAGUAUCCUGACCUCAAGGCGCAGGUUCUGUUUCAAAUUAUUUCUGCCUGCUUCAACCAGGAGCAGAUCCAACAAGGUAACCUGCUCGUUGUCGACGAUCCGUUGAUACUGACAACGGCCUGUUAUAUUAUAACCGAGUCUGUCUUUGAAAGCUUUGGGAAAGGAUUUGAGGGAAUCUUCUAUGGGAUUGAAAACACGCGACUCUUUGCCGAGUAUGGACCUCUGUUCUCCGCCGAGGCCAUCUUCCAGAUAGUUUCCCAGGCCAUCAUCAUGCUUUCUAAUGGAUCAUUCAAGGAGGAGCAACCAGUAGCCGUUAGCGCCAUGAUUGCCCUCUGCUACAUGAGCGUGUGUCCGAUGGAGAACUUGCAGAUGCUAAUAGAAUCACCUGUGGCAGACGUUCAGCAACGAGCAGCAGAGGCAAUGGCUAUCAUGCAAAUUCCUGACAGAGAGCUGGUUGCGACCCUACUCCAACAGACUCCUCUUCUCAAGAACAUCCGCGGACUGGAAGCCAUGAUUAAGAAAGGCGGUGAUGAUAAGCCGUACAGAGAUGAGGACAUCCCAGAUAGCGACGACACUGGCACUAACCCCAGCACAUAUGUCGAGGACACUCCUGACUCCACGCAGCCUGUUCAGUCUAUUCAACCAGUACAGCCGGCUACCAUGCAACCAGCCCAGUAUGUUCAGCAAGCGCCGCAGCAGACUAUGCCGCCGCAAACCCUUGCAUCCAUGAUACCAGGCGGUAUGCCUGCAGCCGUGCCUGCUCCGGUGACCAUGCCAACUGCCGCCCCUGUACCGAUAGCACAAACUAUGCCUGCUCCCCAAGCUACUAUGGCGCCAGGCUUAAACGAUCUUCUUUCACUGUAA